AUGGCGGUUGACAAGUAUGAUGAGAUGAUGGGAGAAAUGAUAGUGUUAUUCAAGGGGUAUAAACCUGGUUUGAUUACAAUAGAUAAUAUAACGAAACUUUGUCAAACACUCGGUUUGGAAUCCUUUAUCGAUGAUAUUGAUAGCACAACGUCAAGACUCUCCACAGCAUCCAAGAUUAUCGUCAUUGACAUUGAUUUUGACAAGAAGAAGGGAAUUGUGAAGGAUGUUAAAUUGGUUUUAGCAUCGAAUUUUGAUAAUUUUAAUUAUUUCAAUGAUGAAGAAAAAUCGAAUCCGGGAAGUAGCAAUAUCCUGUUGAAUUCAUUGACGAAAUAUCCUGAUUUAAAAGUAUUUCACCAUGAUUUGCAAUACCUGUAUUUACUUGACACAUAUUCCCAAAUUGAUAGUGAUCCUACCACCCUUAACAAUAGUGGUCUUGCGAGCACGACGAGUGAUUCCAACAUAUCAGGCUCGACCCAAGCGAAUAUUGUUCCCAAUAAUGGUAAACUAGAUCUAUUCAAGUAUUUUACAGAACUCAGUCAAUACAUUCAACAAUAUUUCAUUGACAAUCAACUUAAUUUGAAAGUGGAGACCAAUUUGGAUAAUAAGUUUGGUAUUUAUAUUAAAUCCAAAGAUCGUUCUGAUUUACCAUUAAUUAAAGUUUAUUUUGAAAAAUCAAUGGAUCCCUCUCAACGUCUUUACGAAUAUCUAUAUUCAUCAGGGACAAAAAAUUGGAUUAAUGAAUCCUCGGAAAAUUAUAUUUGUGGAGUAAGAUUAGCAAUGGAAAUUAUACCCGUAGAAGGGCAAUCUAUUUGGUUUCCUGAUGAAUUUAUUCCAGAUGAAUUAAUAAUCACCUCUCAAGAGAAUGACGAGAAUCAAGUAAAACCAGUCGGAAUACUAGACAUAUUGUACGAUAAUAAUUACAACAGCAAAGUGCAGGUAUUAAAUGAUUUCACGACUAAACUAGUCAACGUUACCAAAUUCGACAUAAGUAAUGAUAAUCUGGAUCUGUGUUGCGAUCUUUUAAAUUGGGUGUUGUGGUCUGAAGUCAUUCUAAAGGGUAUAUUCCAUGCUGUGGCAUCUCCUAGUGUGGAUUUUGACUCUGUUGAUUUGAAAAAUGGAAGAAUUGAGGGUGAUUUGGAGAUAAAGAAGGAGAACUCCGGGAGACAUGCAAGUGUUGCCAUGGCAUCAUCUGUCAGACGAAGGAGAUCAUCACAAAAUCAUAAGAGGCCUAGUAUGACGGAGGCAGCAAUGUUUAAAGAUGAAGGUCUUCAACAAUUCAAUAUUCAUGAAAUUAUGGCGGCGCCAGUUAUAACUGAGGAACAGGAUGAGGAGGAAGAUGAUAAUCGCGGUAUGGAUGAUGUAAAUAUGUCAAUUGGUGAAACAAAUUCCAAUAACAUAAUGGAUGAUAAAAUGGAUAUUGAUAUGGAUGAGGAAGAAGCGGAAAGGGAGGAAGUCAAAAACGACACCAAUGAAAAGAUUCCAGAAUUGAUUAUAAGUGAAGACCAUGUAACUUUUGGAGAACUGGGCAGUUGUAGUUUGUAUGAUUCGAAGGAAAAAUGGACAAACUUUAUAGAUAAAUUUCAACAAUCUGUACAGUAA